CAUUUCCGGUCAACCGAAGAGCUCGGAUGUUAUAAAAGACGGUUGACAAUGUGACAUGUCGCCCAUUAUUGAAGUUUGAGGGUCCACUGAACGGCCGAAUUGAACGUUAAGCGAGAAAAUGAGCCGCUCAGUCAACUUGUUGCUUGUGUUGAUCGUCACCCUGUCGGCCGUCCAAUCUUACGUCGUUCGUGAGAAGGAUGACGCCAAAAUGUUUCGCGAAAAUCGAGCACUCACCACAACCGUCACCAUCACAGCUGCCACUGCUUCGACUACGACGAUUUCAACGAAACUCACCUGCGCCAUCCUAGUUGCACCUGUGGCUACAACCGCCUGCCGUCGCAAGAGGCAAUACUGGGGUAUCCCGUUAUUCUACGCGUUCAGCCAAAGUGAAAUGCAUCAAUUCGACUUGUUCAAUCCUACUCAAGUCUUGGGGGUUCAGCCGUCCGUCAUGCCAGAGUAUCGAACUCCGGUCUCGUACGCCAAUCCCUCUGAAUCGUCCCAAUACCAUUCUGCUUACGGUAUUCAGUCAUCUAUGGAAGGAACAGACGGAGUACCAGUCCCGACAAUGUUCCGCAUUGCCGAUCCUUUCUUCUAUGCUCCUUUGGCGUCGCUCGUUUCUAGCCUUGUCUCCAACUAUGUGUCUCCACCGGUCACAGUAACCAAUACUGAAGUUGCGUACACUUACACUACCACAGUGACCCAAAGUGUCUUUACGGCUACGGCAUCCUACCAAUUAACUUCCAUUCCUUGUCUCCCUGUCCAAAUGAAUGUUUGUCCUGCAGCUCCUAUUCCCGCCGUGGGUGUUUCUGCUCCUCUGCUGGCUGCUCCUGCUCCUGUGCUCGCUAGUCCUUUGGCGGCUCCUCCUGUGCUAGCCGCUGCUCCUGCCGCUUCUUCUACGGUUGAUUCCACUUCGGCAGCUUCAACUACGGCCGCUGCUACUACGGCCGCUGCUACUACGGCCGCUGCUACUACGGCCGCUGCUACUACGGCCGCUGCUAUUACUCCAGCCCCUACUACUCCAGCCCCUACUACUCCAGCCCCUACUACUCCAGCCCCUACUACAGCAGCCCCUACAACGGCCGCCCCUACAACGGCCGCCCCUGCAACUGCUCCUUAGUUAUCGAGUUGCUAUUUCAGUAAAUCGAUGGACAUUUUCUUAACUUAAGUAUCAAAUUUAUUUUCAAUUUUUAGUUUCUAGAUUCAAAUGUUUUCUUACGUUGGAUGCACCGUAUUCGUUCCAGCAAUCGAAUCACCGUUAAUUUAGUAAUUUAAUCGCCUUUGCAAUUAUUUUAAAAUAAUCUCAUUUUGGAAAAAAUCAAAAUAAAACAAUGAAGGACUAA